AUAGAAAAUGUUUUGAUUGGCUCUCCCGCGCUCUUACUAUAAAAUCAAAAGUCCUCUUAUGUCAAGGUUGAGAAUUCAGACUUGUGAGUUCUCUCUGCAAAAGUUAGAUUGAGAGAGAGCAAAUCCAGCACAGAACAUAUUCAGGGAAAGAAGAUUCUCUUCCAGUUGAUGUGUUUUGGCACUCAAACGUGCCAAGAAAUUUGUUAGGAUUCAAUUCCAUACUGAUAUUUCAAGGGGGGAAAGAUGGACUAUGUGUAUGGACCAGGAAGGAACCAUCUCUUUGUUCCGGGGCCAGUCAAUAUCCCGGAACCUGUCAUUCGGGCCAUGAACAGAAACAAUGAGGAUUACCGCUCUCCAGCAGUCCCAGCAUUGACAAAAACUCUGCUUGAGGAUGUGAAGAAGAUUUUCAAGACUACUUCUGGAACCCCAUUUCUGAUCCCUACCACUGGUACUGGUGCAUGGGAGAGUGCACUUACUAACACAUUGUCUCCUGGAGAUCGGACUAUAUCUUUCCUCAUUGGUCAAUUCAGUCUGCUCUGGAUUGAUCAGCAGCAGCGCCUUAACUUCAAUGUUGAUGUCAUCGAAAGUGAAUGGGGCCAAGGUGCCAACCUAGACAUUCUGGCAUCAAAACUUGCAGCAGAUGGUGCACACACUAUAAAGGCAAUUUGCAUUGUUCACAAUGAGACAGCAACCGGGGUUACUAAUGACUUGUCUAAAGUGAGGAAACUCCUUGAUGAGUACAGGCACCCAGCCCUCUUUCUUGUUGAUGGAGUGUCAUCCAUAUGUGCUCUUGAUUUUCGUAUGGACGAAUGGGGAAUAGAUGUGGCUUUAACUGGAUCUCAGAAAGCUCUUUCUCUUCCCACUGGGAUGGGAAUUGUGUGUGCAAGCCCUAAAGCUCUAGAGGCAUCUAAAACUGCAAGAUCAGUUAGAGUUUUCUUUGACUGGAAAGAUUACUUGAAGUUCUACAAAAUGGGAACAUUUUGGCCAUACACCCCUUCCAUUCAACUGUUGUAUGGACUGAGAGCUGCUCUGGAUCUCAUUUUUGAGGAAGGACUUGAAAAUGUGAUUGCAAGGCAUAGCCGUCUUGGCCAUGCAACAAGGCUGGCUGUGGAGGCUUGGGGCUUGAAGAACUGCACCCAAAAGGAAGAGUGGUACAGUAACACAGUGACUGCAGUUGUUGUUCCUCCCUAUAUUGAUAGUACAGAAAUUGUUAAAAGGGGAUGGAAGAGAUACAAUUUAAGCUUAGGUUUGGGCCUGAACAAAGUUGCUGGAAAGGUUUUCAGAAUAGGGCAUCUUGGCAAUUUGAAUGAGUUGCAAUUAUUGGGUUGUCUUGCUGGUGUGGAGAUGCUACUCAAGGAUGUGGGCUACCCGGUUAAGCUAGGAAGUGGAGUCGCUGCUGCUUGCGCGUACUUGCAGAACAACAUUCCACUCAUCCCUUCCAGGAUUUGAGUCACCUCAAUGCAUGUAAUUACUUUUCCUUCUGUUGUUCUUGUAAAAAACUGUAUUAUGUCCUCUGCCUGCACUGUUUUGAGGCUCACCACAUUCCCUAUGUAAUUCAAUGCUUCUUGAAUUAA